AAUAUAAUGUUGUUAUUUUUGUUUUUUGUUUUGGUGUGCUGUGCGGUGAAAUGCGAUUAUGUUAGCAACAACUACUAUAUUAUCGAGAUGCCAGAGGCAGAGGUCCCGAGGGAUUACAACACGCCGUUCAAAGUUUACUGGAACGUGCCAACCAGGCAAUGCGUGUCCAGGAACGUGAUAUUUGACAACUUAGAAAAAUUUGGCAUCAUACAAAACCAAAAUGACACUUUCGAUGGCGGUAGAAUCACAAUAAUGUACGACCCGGGUUUGUUCCCUGCAAUAUUUAAGGCUGACAGUGGAAAAUAUAGAUACAGAAACGGAGGUGUGCCUCAGCAAGGGAAUUUGGAACUGCACCUGACCGCAUUCAGGGAGAGUUUGAACAAGUCUAUACCGAAUCCAGAUUUUAAUGGUGUCGGGAUUAUUGAUUUCGAGUCUUGGAGACCGAUAUUCCGACAGCAGUUCGGCACACUUACGCCGUACAUUGACUUAUCAAUGAAUAUCGAGAAAAGAAGGCAUUGGUGGUGGCCUGCGUCUUGGCAAAAAAUGGAGGCAACUAAACGUUUCGAAGACGCUGCGAGAGUAUUUAUGCAGACAACAUUGUCUAUAGCGAAGCAAAUGCGUCCAAGAGCGAUAUGGGGAUACUACGCGUUCCCCUACUGUUUUAACAUUGCCAACAACAAUGUGGAAAAUUGCUCUGAUAUUAUUAAAGGAGAAAAUGAUAAAAUCUACUGGCUAUGGGCAGAAAGCACAGCUUUAUACCCCUCAGUUUACAGUUCUGCAAACCUUUCCACAUCUCAGCUAGGUGCCCUAGUUCGAGGCCGCAUCACUGAAGCCAACAGAGUGAAGAAAGCCGGGACCUUAGUUCUGCCUUAUUUCUGGUUUAGAUAUCGCGACGCGGGCUUUAUGAGUGAAACGGACGUAAUUGAAGUACUCGAGGCGUUAAAGACCACAAAAGCAUCCGGCCUUAUUAUAUGGGGAAGUUCAAAUGAUGUAAGUCAAGAUGACAAAUGUAAUGAACUUUAUAACUACGUAGAAAAUACAUUGGGGCCGAUUAUCAAGAGAUAUAUACAACAAAUAAAUAGGAUAUUCGACGAAACAAAGCAGGUUGAUGUCGAAAAUUAUGAUGAUGAAGAUAAUAAUACUGUAGUUAGUACAACUGAUACAACUACGACAGUUCAAACAACUUUGAAAGAAACUGCUGAAACAACUACAAUUGGGGCUUUACAAAUAAAAAUGGAUUUAGGCUUCGCUGUAUUACCACAAAGCAAUAUUAUUGAAAAUAUAUCACACAGUGAAAUGAGUAAUGAUAACAAGACUGAUAACAGUAAUAUGAAUUCAAUAACUCAUAAUGAAAAAUCCUUCUGGGAUAUAGUGACAAACCCGUUUAAUUUUGAAAAAGUAAAUAAUAAACACACAGUUAGAAGUGUGCAGAAUAUAGAAAAUUCAAAAGGCUUAGAAAAUAAUAUUUUAAAUUUAUAUACCGAAAAAGCAGAAAUAUUUGAUAUGACUUCUAAUGAGAAAAACUCUAUUUCUAUGGAUGUUUCAACUACAGAAAUGAUUGUAACAGAAAAUGUAAUAAAUGAGGUUUUAGAUACAAAAAGUGAUGAGUUUGUUAUGAUAGUUGAAAAUACUAAUUAUUUUAAUCAUGCAACAACAGAAAGCAUUGCAAACCUUAAUUUAAAUGACAUAGAAGAUGAUUUCAUUUCUGCAGCAGAAAAUUUGACCCCAUCAGACGCUUUUACUAUAACAUCAACAGAUAGCUCAGAGAACUUUAUUAUUAUCAGCGAUGACAUCAAAAACGAGUUAGUAACUUCAGCGAUUAAUUUGACUUAAUUACAAAUAUUGGUAAAUGAUAGUGACCCUAAUUUGAUCGCUGAAAUUGUUAUCGAAAUAAAUAGGCACUUCGAUAAAGUUACGAUGAAGACGUCAUCUGAUUUUUAAAAGAAAAACACUACAAAUUAAUGUUGGUUUAAUACUAAACAAAAAAAAAGCUAACCAAACUAUUGGAUUUAUUGAAAGUGAUUGUAUGGUGGGAGUGAUAAUAUAUCGAAAGAAAAUCGUCAGUUUGCGAUCCUCCUUGUUUUUGUAAUUGACAUCAUGGUUGCAUUUUGAGUAUUGAUUGCGUUUUAAAUUAUUAGGCAUUUUUGCCGCCUUGUCGGGAAUAAUAUUGUUUUCAUUACUUAUUUUAUACCCACCGAUAAUUUUCAUUUAAGAUACAAACUGCAUUUUACCUGUGACCUGCUUGGCUCAUCGACUCUAAUAAAUUCCAGGAGAUUCAAAAUAAUAUUACUUUCAUUGAGGAAUUUUUUUUUUAUGAGGUCUUGUAUAUAUUUUAAAUGGACUGUUAGCUAGGUGCAUCGGUUGAAAUCACUUCGUACGAAUCUGGGGAAUAUAAACUACUUAAACAUGGAACGAUGAUCAGAUCAAUUCAGCAGCUUUCAUAGAUUUAAAUCUAUCACAGAGACAAUAAAUCUACCUGUAAGCCAUUUUCUUUGAUAAUGUAUUAAGUUUUUUUUUUUUUUAACUGGUGUUCUUAAUUAGAAUAAUAUCCUUUACCACAGAUUAGUGCUGGGUAUCGUUGGCUGGCUAUGUAUAUUAUAACUAGUUGAACAGUAUUGUUUGACUGACUGACUUAUGAAGAAGUCUCUUCAUACGUGUGGACUCCGUCCGAAUCGUCGUAUCUGGAAAAUAGCUCUGCCACUACGAGCUACUCUCUAGAUUUUAGUAUUUCGACGCGUUGAUUAUACCUGCGAGUAGAUUCACACCCGGUUAAUUUUGUUCUUUGGCAGGCCGAUUUAAAUAAACAUACUUUAUUUCUAAUACUCAAUUGUGCUGAAAUGUGCCAACACGCAUAUAGGUACCUUUAUAUUUCGUCUAAGAUAGGUUUACUGAUUAGCUACCAAAACAACACCGGCCGUUAUUAUUUUACCUCUUUUCCUACAAUAGGCUAUUAAUAUAUCUCGAAUUGCUAAAUUUCAUAGAUUCAAGUUAACUCGGUUACGUUAAAUUAUGGUUUAACUUAUUUAUUUAUGAACCAAUCGGAAAUGGAAGCAGGAAUCCAGUGUGCCAAACAGGUUUAAAAAAAUGUUGUUUAUUGUAUAAUAAAUGUUGUUUGUUGUA